AUUUAUCAUUUAAGUUCACGUUCUCGUUGAACUUUUUUUUAUGAUAGAGUAAAUAUUUCCAUAAACAUUAGUUCGUGAGAUGUUAUUCAUGUUGCUUGUUGCAUAUCGAUCGUUAGAAAAACUACGGACGUAGGACAUACUAAAAAUAAUCACAUGCGGCUAUAAACAUUCGAACAUGAAUGUAGAUAAGAAGGCCUUCUGCUGGUGCGAAAAGAUUCGAUUAAAAAAACAUGCGACAAUAAAAGGCAACGUUAAAACUAGGUGCGGUAUUGAAAAAUGCAAAGUGGAAAAGGAAAUAAAGUGAAAGGCAACGUGGUGUCCGCAACCUUAACUUACGAUCAUCAUCAUAUAAAAAGUUAACAAAAAAUGGCUACAAGUUCUACCUCUUCGAGAAGUCACCAGAACUCAGGCCAUAUAAAUGGUCUGCAGGAAAUGCUUGGCCGAUGCAUCGCCCUUAUUGACAUGGAUUGCUUUUACGUACAGGUGGAAGAGAGGCUUCAGCCACAGAAUCGGGGCAAACCUGGCGUUGUGGUUCAGUAUACUGGUGGGGUGAUUGCUGUUAAUUAUGAGGCUCGAGCAAAAGGAGUAAAACGAGGUAUGCGACGAAGUGAGGCUCAAGCGCUGUGUCCCGAUCUUAUUUUCUACUACGUUCCUGAAGCACGACAAAAGGCUGAUCUCUCUCGAUACAGGUUGGCAGGUAGGGAAGUGCUGAAAGUGUUUUGCUCAUUUGGAGCUACUGUGGAAUGCGCUUCAAUCGAUGAAGCGUACAUCGACCUAACGGCACUUGUCAAUCGGGAAGGAAACAACGAACAACCUGUGUCCUACGGGGCACUCGGAACCGCUUAUGUCGAGGGCUACGAUACAAAUCGGGACUUCCUUUCAAAUAUAGACUGGAAGGUACGUGGCGGUGAUGCAUUUCUAGCACGUGGUGCCGAAAUAAUGACGCAGAUGCGCCGUGAGGUGUUUCUAAAAACCAAGUUCACAUGCUCUGCUGGAAUCUCACACAACAAGGUGGUAGCGAAACUGGCCGCAGGACUUCACAAACCCAACCAGCUGACGGUCGUGCCGCACUCGUCAGUGCAUAAGCUUUUCGAAACUGUCGCGGUGCACAAAAUGCGUGGCUUGGGGGGCAAGUUAGGAGAGCAGGUAUCUGAGCAUUUGCAGGUACAGACGAUGGCGCAGCUUGCAGAAGUAUCCGCCGCAAAACUGACAUCGAUUUUCGGCACAAGGACAGGAAUGUGGCUUUAUGAACUGAGCCAUGGGGUGGACCACGAAACAGUCGCAGAUCGUUUGUUAUCGAAGAGCAUUGGGUGCGCGAAGAACUUCCCAGGCAAAACCGCCCUCAUGACUGUGAAGGACGUCAGCAAAUGGGCGAACAGUCUCUGCGAGGAAAUGGAAGAACGUCUCAAACUGGACCAGAAGACCAACCAACGCGUGGCGCGCUUACUCACCGUAAGCAAUGGAAUUCAGUCGCGCAGUAUCCCACUUACGGGAAUUACGUUCACUAAAGUAUUUCUAUACAACUCAGUGAUGGCCGGAUUAUCGAAACUUAACGUGGCACCUCAGGGUAGCGGUGACUGGACUCCGCCUAUAAAAAUGCUUUCGUUUAUCGCAAGUAAAUUUGAAGUACUUGAUAAAUCAGCUAACAUUAUGAAGUACAUAGGCAAUACCAAAAAGAGUACAGAGCGCGCAGAAGCGAAAUCGUCGACCUCAUCUACCAUAAAGGCCCCUCUCGUAGGCUGCCCAACCAUGGCGGAACGAUUAGCCAAUUUGAUGGCAAGUAACGAAGAUGAUAUCAUGCUUGAAGACACUUUCUAAAGAUUAGUAUCUUAGCACACACUUCCUACUAACAACAACGGUACGAAGACUUCUGCUGGAUUCGUUUGUCUCUAUAGGUAAGCGUAAUAAAGUAAAGGAUGACAUACAUGUGCUGCACGAAACAAUAUGCCUAAUGUAUACAUAUCGUAGAACGUAUAGUAGUCAUGUUUCUUGUUGUUGCAAUACAGAACUAUUUCUGCUGUUUUAUUACUGUUUUUUGUUGCUGCAAUACAGAACUAUUUCUGCUGUUUUAUUACUAGUUGGUUCGUCUUAAAUAAUUCAAGGUUGACUUCGUAAAUUUUCGUUAGGCAUAAUUCCUCCUUGAGAGAUCUUUGAAUCAUCUCUCAGUCGUACGUCAAACAAACAUGUCAAGUGAUUCUACUAUAGAUGAGUUCAAUUUAGCGCCAAGUUGUGUGCGUUUUCGAAACUAAAGUGAGUGCAAAAUUAAGCAAUUAAUCUGUUUAAUUCUAACUUGUUUACAUUAUUUUUUAUUCUCGUUCAUUAGCUCAAUAAUAUUAAAAAGUACGCGACCUAAUAUAAAAUAACAUCCCAUUUUAUUAUUUGCAUAAUAUUAAUAAUAAUAAUUAUAAUAAUAAUAAUAAUAUCAAGAAAACAUUCGUGUCUCUAAUUUUCUCGCUUUCAUUGUCGAUUCUGGGCGAUUACGAAUUGAUCGGUUCAGAACCUGAUUUUCCCUUCUCGUUCUUACCUCCGCAUCGUUACUUUCGCCCUAUUUGUUUCACACGCAUUGACACUUCUCAAUCUACCUUUCAUUCACACGAGUCUAUCCAACACACCGUGAUCCCUACACGUUCCACCCGUAUCCCUGUUAACGACUACGCAUUAUGACCAAUUCGUGCGGGACGUUGAAACUGCUACCUUACCCACUAUUAUUGGGGUCGUGUUCAACAAUCGAAAAAAUGAUAAGCAUUUUCGUUAUUUCAUAUCAUUUUUAUGUUCACUAUAAUGUAGUAGCCCCACUGACUUGUCCCGUUCAUAUUUAGUACAAGAUGCCUUUGAGCCUUCGAUCACUGUUCAAAGCCAUUCCGUACAUCCACACCGCUUGUUCGACCCUAUUUAAAUCUUUCAAACACUAGUUACGUCGUUGAAGAUCCUACGAAAUGCUCCGCGGCGGACAUGACCUUACACUAACAUUCAUUCUUCAUAAAGUUUUUCGACUUUCCUUAUAAUAUUAAUAAUAAGUUGAUUCGUUAGCCCUUUCCUUUUUUCCGAAUUCUUUAUAUCUACUUAGUAGUACUAGCAGUUCAUCAGCCUUUUUGUUUGUUUCUUUCUUGCGAUCUCGCUCUCUCUCUUUCUCUCCCUUUAUAUAUAUAUACCUAUCGUUCAUUUUUUUUGUUUGAAUACAGUUGUUGAAGGUAGCCAAAAUAGUUCUGAAUGUUCGUUUCUCAUAAUCAUAAUUCAUCUUCAAGCUUCAUUAUAUAGCUGAUAUACUCAUCGUCACCUUUGUAUUAAGCUUAUUCUUAUUAACUGUCUUC